AUGACGACUCCCCGACAAUUUAUUCAUUUGAUUGUAUCUUCAGUUUUUUUCUUUCUAUGUCUGCUUUCUUUCUUUCUUUCUUUCUUUCUUUCUUUCUUUCUUUUUCUUUCAUUCUGUCUUUCAUUUAUUUCCGUAUUUUCCUUUCAUUCUUUCUUUCUCCCCCUACUUUCUUUCUUUCCUUCUUUUAUUUCCACACAUUUCUUUCUUUCUUUCUUUCUUUCUUUCUUUCUCAGCCAGCUUUCUUUCUUUUAUUUCUAUAUAUUCCUUUCAUUCUUUGAUUCUUUCUUUCUCCCCUCGCUUCUUUCUUUCCUUCUUUUAUAUCCACCCAUUUCUUUCUUUCUUUCUUUCUUUCUUUCUUUCUUUCUUUCUUUCUUUCUUUCUCAGCCUUCAUUCCUCCCUUCUUUCUUUCUUUUUUUCUUUCUUUCUUUUAUUUCUUUAUAUUCCUUUCAUUCUUUGAUUCUUUCUUUCUCCCCUCGCUUCCUUCUUUCCUUCUUUUAUUUCCACCAAUUUCUUUUUUCUUUCUUUCUUUCUCUCUCGCUUUCUUUCUUUCUCAGCCUUCCUUCCUUUCUUUCUUUCUUUCUUUUAUUUCUAUAUAUUCCUUUCAUUCUUUGA